AUGAUACAUCCUAAACUGCCCAAAUCAUUGUCGUCCCUAAUAAUACCACCUCACAUGACGCGUACUUCUCUAGAAGAAAACUUCUUAUUUUGUAACAAUCCAGCCCCUUAUUCAGUUUUGGGUUUUUCAUCACCAACAGCAUUACAAAUUCUCAGUGAUAAUCCACAUUGGAAUGCAGAUGGUACAUUUAGAACGUCACCAAAACUAUUUUAUCAAAGCUACAGUAUUCAUACAUGGGAUGAAUUCAGCAUGAAGUCAGUUGUUUAUGCUGAAUUACCUAAUAAAGAAGAGGUGUCGUAUCACGUACUAUUGAAUGCACUAACAACAUAUGCUCAACAAAAUAAUAUUUCAUUGAAGCCACAAUCGGUAUUAAUUGACUUCGAAAUAGCUGCAUUGAACUCAUUUUCCAAAACGUUUCCAACAGCUGUUAUUAAAGGUUGCCAGUUUCAUUUUGCUCAAAAUAUAUGGAAAAAAGUUAAAAAGUAUAAUUUAGUACAACUGGCCAAAGAAGAAGAAACACGACGAGAAUUAGCAAAUAUUCUUGCAUUACCACUGUUACCUCCUAGUAGAAUUGAUGAAGCAUUUUCCAAUAUAGUCGAAAAUAUUAGCAAUAUUAGUCCAAGAUUUUUGAAAUUAACAGAUUACAUUUUAAAAACAUAUGUUGAAAAUCCACGAUUUGAAGUAGAUUUUUGGAAUCAUUUUGAUUUGACUGGUGUGAGACCACGUACGAAUAAUCAUGUAGAAGGGUAUCACGCUCAGUUAAAUUCUCAAUGUAAAACACAUCCUAAUCUAUGGGCGUGGAUAAAUUAUAUUAAGGGGUCAAAAGAGUCUGUAAUGGUAAGGUAUGAACAAGAACAACGUCAACAAAGAAGUACACGUCCCAGAAAGGCAAGAUCAAUACAUAUUGAUGCUGUAUUGAAUGCUGCUAAACAAAAUUAUAUGUGUGGUCAUAUAGAUUUAGAAGAUUUACAGAAAUUGUUAAGAGCAUUAAGUCAUCGAUACACCAAAGUGUGUGAGAAUUCAAAAGACGACGAUGAAUAUGAACCAAAAUAA